CUGCGGCUAAAUCUGUACAGACGGAGAGAGAGACGUGCCGAGUGAGCUGGGCGGGUGGAGGAGAGACAUGGGAUGGGAGCUGCGGACUCCAAGCACAGGGCAAGACCCAACAGACAUCCUUCACGUAUAGCAGACAGACCGUCGCCGCCCGGUAAUCCGCAGUUGGUGCCCAGCGACCAACACUCCGCUGAGCCUGAUGUCGUCACCAUCAGGUGGGAGCCUCCUCUCUACGAUGGCGGCUCCAGGAUCACAGGCUAUUUGGUGGAGCACCGCCGCACCGGGUCGCCGCACUGGGUGCGCUCCGCCCCCUCCCUGGUCAGAGUCCCCGAACUGACGCUGAGCGGCCUGGAGCCGGGGUGGCGCUACCAGUUCCGGGUCUCCGCCCAGAACACUGCAGGCCUCUCAGAGCCUGGUGAACUCUCGGACUUGCUCACUGUCACCUUGCAGCGCACCGCGGCCUCGGCACCCCACUUCGUCAAGGAACUCAGGAAUACGGUUGCUCUAGAGAAUGAAAAGGCUGAACUCUCAGUGCAAGUGCGAGGCACGCCAACCCCCACCAUCGCUUGGUUCAAGGACGGCACGGAGAUCUUCAGCAGCCGCAGUUACCGGAUCGUGACAGACAACGAGACCAGCACACUGAUCAUCCACCAAGCAGCGCUCACUGACGAGGGCGAGAUCAAGUGUUCGGCCACCAACAGAGUCGGCUACGCUGUCACCAGGGCCAAACUCACGCUAGAAGCUCCGCCUAGUAUUCGACUGCCGCGCCAGUACGAGGAGGGUCUGCUGUUCGAGAAGGAUGAGGUGAUCCGGCUAAAGGUGUCGGUGGCAGGGAGGCCCAUACCCGAGGUCACGUGGUUGCUGAACGGCGAGCCGGUGCCGGGGGGAGGUCGCUACGAGGCCAGCCACUCCGAGCGAUAUGCCACCCUCAGAGUUGGGGAGGCCCGCAGGGAGGACCGCGGGGGAUACCAGGUCCGCGCCACUAACCGCCUGGGGGAGGAUGUCGCCUCGUUCCUCGUUACUGUCGCAGACAGACCCAUGCCGCCGGGGAGAGCCAAGGUGGUGAUGACCUUGGGCCGCUCAGUUACUCUCUCUUGGACAACACCGGAAGAUGAUGGUGGCUGUAAAAUUGGUAACUACAUAGUGGAGUAUUACAGGUUGGGCUGGAACAUGUGGCUUAAGGCCGCCACGUGCCGUCAGCUGACAACCACCCUGGGGGAGCUGAUAGAGGGUUCGGAGUACAAGUUCAGGGUCAAGGCCGAGAACCCGUACGGUGUUAGUGACCCCAGCUCUGAAUCCGACGUCGUGUUCAUCCCGGAUCCGAAGAGAGGAUUAUUGGAACCACCUGAGCACGGGUCGGCGGAGAACGAGACGGCGAUGGACGUCUGGCUGGAGGAGAAGAAGAGACCAAUCUCUCCUGGUUUGACCAUCGAUGAACAGUACGGCGAGCGGAAGACAAAGAGAAAGCGAGGACCCAUGGCCCCUCCUCAGACCACGCCAGAUCUGGGACAGGUUGACAAGCACUCCAUAGUGAGUGAGGAUAGCAUGUCUCCACCAGCGACACCCGAGAACUUCCAGCCGGUGAUACCCAAGAGGAGAGGGAAGGGGGAGAAAAUCGAAGUGAAGAAGGAAAUCCUAAAGGACAAAGAGUCAGUGAGGGAUCAGAAGGAAAAGAGAAAGAUGGAAGAACUCAAGAGGUUUGAUGAAAUCAAGAAAGCCGAACAAAUGAGAAGGAUUGAGGAGCUCAAGAGGUCUGAGGAACUAAGAAAACCAGAAGAACCGAAGACACCAGAAGACUCUAAACAAAAUGUUGCGAAUAUACAGUCCGAGUUAAAAGUGAAGAAGGAAACACAGGCUCCGCAGAAGGCACCACGGAAAGAACCUAGGACGAUUACAAAUGAGCCUCCAAAGGUUCUGAAGGACCUAAAUUCAUCUCAUAAAGACACACAACUACCACAGAAAGAUCCUCAGAAAUCUCACACUCCGAGAGUAGAACACGAUCCCCUUCACGGAAGUUCAGAGCUGAUGUUGGUCCUUCUACCGCAUAGUCGAGCUACGACAGAGGAAAGAGAAACGUCGAAAAGGGAACUUUUUGAAAGUAGCAUGGCGAUUGAAGGGGAUGAUAUUGCUCCCCCGAUGUCUUUAUCCGCCCCUGAACUCGGCAAUGGAGAUCCUCCUGAGCUCCCACCGGUACGUUCAGCCUUCAGUUCUACUGAACUGCUGCAUGAACGUGCGAUGGCUCGCUUCUACCAAGAUAUGGCGCGCGAGGAAGCGGAAUCCUCUCUGCAACGGAAGAACAGCCUGCAACGACGACGGAGCUUUGAACGUCGUUCGCCACCCAGGCCCAAGGACGUUCCCGAUACUGCAGGCUCACUGCAGGAUAUACCAACGUCCGUUAAAACGUUUGAAAACACAGCGAAACGAAAGGAUACGUUAUCUCCUGCCACUCCCAGUAAACCGUCUGUUCCAGAACUUUUGGAAACAAGCACAUCACAAAGAGGAUAUUCUGACAAGAAGACAUUUUCAAGAGACAGUAUGGACAGCAUGUUAUCUGUCGAAGAUCCUCAUAGGAAAUCUAUGCUAGUGCAACAAGCGUCGGAGGAGGAUAUGGAAUAUGAAGAUUCUUCUUUUGAUGAAGAUGAAGAAGACUACAAUGAGGAGGAAGAGGAGCAUAUUACUGAUGAGAUUGUUGAUGAAGAAGUGGAAGAAGAAUUAGAAGAAGAAGAAGAGGAAGAUGAAGAAGAAUUCAGUUAUGACGAGAAAAGAGGAUCUCUGUAUACUUCAGAAUCAGAAGAAGAAAGUAGGUACUCCUAUUCUAUGGAAGAAGAUACAUAUCACCCAAGCGCUAUAAAUAAAAAGUACAAUGAAGAUACAUUAAUUUCUGCUUAUGAAGGGAGAGGACCUCUGAUUUUAGGUUCGGGCUCCAUUGUCUCCCAAUCAGUUCAAUCAACGCCGUUUCAAAUUCCUACAUCUCGCAGUGAAAUAAAAUUAAAGCCAAUCUUAAAGCAACCUACAGCUGAUAAUAAGUUUCCUAUAAAGAGUAACGAGACGUCAGAGUAUGAUCAAAAUUUAAAAGUUGAUAAUGAAAUACCGAAAAUAAGAACAUCGCCAGAAAAACGGUUUGAGCCGAACUUCAGUGCUAUGAUGCCAAAACCAAUCCUAAAAGUAAGGGAAAACUCUCAAGAGCCAAAUUCACCAUUGGUUCAAAGAAGAGGGGCUCCAAUUGCUGGGGUAGAACAGGAAAUAAACCUAGAACCGAACAAGACAAAUCUAGACGAAGGAUCGGACUAUGAGACAGGGACCAAAAAGAAACAAGUAAGGAUAGAAGAACCAGAAGAUGUGACGGCUAGAGAAUCGCCUGUUAUAGAAAAAGUGGGUGUUCCAGAAGAGUUUCUACCAACCAAUAAAACCCAAGUCUCAACUGACGAACCAGUAAGAGAGAGGACGGGAUCUCUUGGAGAUGAAGGAGAUGCAACUAUGGUUCUUGUUAGCCACUAUAGUGACAUUGUUGCAGAAUAUGGUAGGGGAAGAAGACCACCGAAAAAACUAUAUCUUAAUUACGAAGCAUUGAAAGCAGCUGCUGAGGAAGAAGAGGAAAGUGCACCUGACGUGCCAGAGGUCGUGGUAAACGAACCCGAACCCGAACCCGAAUACGAACCUGAACCUGAACCUGAACCUGAACCUCCAGCACCUAUGACUGAAGUAGAACAAGCUCUUGAAGAAAUUAAAACUGAAAAUUAUUUGGAAGCCUAUGUUGAAGAUCGCUCUGAAAUAAAGCUAGAACCUGUCAGCGAUACUCCAAAGAAAAAAUCUCCAUUGCCGGCUAAGAAACGAUCUGCAUCUCCUCGUAAGCCCAAACCUCCACCCAUCCCACCCAGUGUUGUACAAGAUUCUCCCCCUGAAAAAAUUGAUUAUAUUCGAACACCCUCGCCAGAACUCCCUCCUCGAUUAUACACACCGACAGAAAAGAAGGUUCACUCUUACUUUGAUUUCUUGAUGGACAUUUCUUUAUUUAUUUUGGCCUGUUGGCUGUAUAUAUUCAAGGAUGAGCGGUUGUCUAUUCCUGUUCUCUGCUUGAUGAUCUACAGGCAAGCAAAUGAAGCAUUCCAGAGAAAAAUGGAAGCUCUUCGAAACAAAAUGCCAAGACGCAUACGGUUUUGGAGGCGGGAUGAAUGAUGUUAAUAUUUUUAAACAUUCUUAACUGCCAAGGUCCAUCUCGCAUUGCUGAUGUAGAUAGCGUUGAAUUUAUAAUAAUAUAUUAAUUGUAUGACGUAAGGUCUUUAUUCGAUAAUAAUUUUAGAAAGUUUAUAAGUAAAACACACGUAAUGUACCCCUCUCAGUUUUUUAGCAUAAAUGAAUGUGUGCAGGUCAUAUAAUUUAGUAAAUUGUGUAAAUGAUGGUGUUUCGAUAAUUAAUUAUAUUUUUAGUAAAAUAAUUUUAAAGAUCAAAGUACAUUUUCACUGAUGAAGUCAAUCGGCGUUUCAUUUAAUUUCCACCAAAAUUAAUCUAUUAUUGACAAACAAAAUAAAUCAUUACAUAAUUUACUAUGGUAAACUUAAAUCAAAAUUUAUUUUAUUUAGAAUUAUUACUACACUAUCCCCUACCUGAUUUUCAAAUGAGAAUACAAUGUUACAUCACGUUUUUGUUGCAUGUUUAUUUGAUAUUAACGAGAUGUUGGAUUAUUGUAAAAAUAUGUGCAAAAUAUUAGUAUUUUAAGUAUUUUUUAUUGCGUCUUACUCGUUAAAAAUUACUAAAUUAAAUACCAUUUAAUGAAAUUUCAAUGGUUGUAUUAGUUUGUUUGACACAGCUUAGAUUUCAGAUUUAAAAAGAUGCACUAAAAAAUAAGAGUCAUUUCCGUUAAUGAUUAGGGAUGACAAGUAUGCACUCCUGAUCAAAGGGAUUGAUUUAAAGCGGUUGGUUUAUGUCUUUCAAAUUGUUAAUUCUUAACAAAGUCAGUUAGGCUGAGGCUUGUUAGUGAUGAAGAUUUCUUUUCGUCGCUGUUAAAUAGUAAAAGUGGAUGACAACUCAUAUGCCAUUAUUACCUGAAAUAUAAAAUGAGCAUAAUACUAACCCGUCACAGUCCAGAUUAAUGUAGUCUGAUGACCAUGUGCUGUUUAUCUGUCCAUAUUAUGGAUACAUUAGGCUGUUACAAGUUAACUAAACUCUUUCUUGCAUUAUAAAAAGUAUUUUUAAAUUCAAGAUUUAAUCUAUAUAGACAGUUGCUUACCAUUUUCAAAGUACAAUAUCGGGUUGAUUAAAAAGGAAGGGUUAGAUAAAUGAAAAAAAAAAACUAUAUUUUUACUCGUAAUAUUAAU